UCGUGUGACGGAUACCGUCCCUUGCGGUUGUUGGAAAAACAUUGACGGACAAAAAUAAAAAAUGAUUGACAUCAUAUGAAAGAUAAUUCCCACGUAGUGGAUUGUCAAAAGAGGAAAGUAAAUCUAACGGACUGCUAGUGUCGUUUCUCUACCAUCGCAAUGACCGCUGGAGGUCUCACUCACUAAAACCAGACACGCCACAACGUGUUGUUUCGUUCCACGGCUCACACUGCACACCGGUGCGCCUGAACCGGACACCCUGAUCCCCCUCCCGGAUCAUGACCCCUUGACUUCUCCAGCCGCCGAGCACUUUGGCACCAUGGCAUCGGAUCAAGAGGACAACAGUGAACGCGUGAAACGGCUUCUGGGCAAACCUGGAAAUGGACACUGUGCCGACUGCGGAGCCGCAGAUCCAGAAUGGGCCUCCUAUACUCUAGGAGUGUUUGUGUGUCUCAGCUGCUCGGGUCUUCAUAGGAACAUCGUUCGGAUCAGCAAAGUGAAAUCUGUACUGCUGGAUCCCUGGAGCGCCUCUGAGGUGGAGUUGAUGGAAUCUGUGGGUAACAAUGCUGCCAAGGCGAAAUAUGAGAAGAUAGUUCCUGCCUUUUACUACUGCCCCACAUAUAAAGACUGCAUGCUCUUGAAAGACCAAUGGAUCCGAGCCAAGUAUGAGAGGAAGGAGUUCCAGUAUGUGGAGAGGCAGGAGCCUUACUCGGCAGGCUACAGAGAGGGGUUUCUAUGGAAACGAGGCAGAGACAACGGACAGUACCUCAGCCGGAAAUUUAUUCUGUCCGAACGAGAAGGUGUUUUGAAGUACUUCAAAAAGCAUGAUGCCAGAGAGCCCAAAGCAACAAUGAAGAUCAAUACUCUGAAUGCCACUUUCCAGCCAACCAAAAUGGGCACAGCCCAGGGCCUCCAGAUAACCUAUUUGAAAGACAACAGUACCAGGAACAUCUUUGUUUACCACGAGGAUGGAAAGGAAAUGGUGGACUGGUUCAAUGGCAUCAGAGCAGCCAGAUUUCACUACCUCCAGGUGGCUUUUCCUGGAGCAUCGAUCUCUGAUUUGUUGCCAAAGCUAACCAGGAACUAUAUAAUGGAGGGUUACAUGGAGAAGACUGGUCCAAAGCAUACAGAGGUCUUUAAGAAGAGAUGGUUUACGAUGGAUGAAAGAAGGCUCAUGUACUUCAAAGAUCCACUGGACGCUUAUGCCCGAGGCGAGGUGUUCAUUGGCAGCAGGGAAAACAGCUACAGUGUGCAUCCCGGCCUUCCCCAGAACACGCAAGGCUACCAUUGGCAGUUUGGAAUUACCAUCAAGACCCCAGACAGGAAGUUUCUGUUUGCGUGUGAGACCGACGAGGAUCAGAAAGAAUGGAUCGCGGCAUUUCAGACUGUUAUCAACAGGCCAAUGCAGCCUCGGGAGUAUGCAGUGGAGGCCUAUUUCAAGCACAAACCGUGACCGUCUUAGUGCUUGAAGCUGGGCUUUAGGCCAUUGAACUGGAAGAAAAGAAGGACCUGAAGAAUUAAGUGUGUCAAGAGACAAAGUUCCAUUAGGAGAGAAUCUUACCCCAAUGACUCUUCUCGAGCCGCCAUCGCACUCAGUGUCAUUGUGAGCCAGAACUAUUUCUAAGAGAGUGCCAAUAACUCCCGAGCUCAUGAAUGUCAUCCUUGCGUCUGUGUCGUAAUGUUACUUACACACCUGAAGGAAGUCAUCGUAAUCGUCCUGGUGUGAUUGUUUGUGGGAAUCUGAAUUUUCACUGCUCAGAUGUCAAAAGAUGUUUUCAGUAAUAUGAGUUGCAGAUGCUGAGAUUUAAUCCACAUAAGGGUUCUAUUUUAUUUUCAAUGUAUUUAAUUUUUAAGUAAAAUUUGCUAAAUUCAGUGUGUGAUGCUAUAUUGACUAACACUGUUUAAGGUGCUUUCAUUCCUUUUUCUCUUAGGAUGUAAAACCGUAUGAAAAUAGUAAUCCACCUCAGCAUUUACUUUCAUGGGGAUUCAUUUAUCCAGUAGAUGGAGACAGAGGCAAGCAUUUGAUUUUCUAUGACAUCCAGACACAAUAGCCUGGAGCUCAUUUUUUUUAUUGUUGUUAUUUUUCCGAUACAGUUGCACAUUAAAAAGUAAAGCCCAAAAUCAACACAUUCCUGUGUACAUCAAGAUAGGAAAAACAUAAUAUGUAUAGUAAAUACUGCACAGCGAUAUCCAGUUUCUAUGACGAAAAUUCAAUCCACCAAAGAAACAGUCAUGUAGAAAAUAGGCCUACGAUUCUUUUAUUGAGACCUGGUUAAAAUAGAUUAGAAGAAAUGCACGGGUCCAAAUUUUUUUAAGAAAAAAAUGGCACUAUAUACUCCAUUUAUAUAUUUGAUUGCAAAAACUAAAGCGGCUUACAUAUAUUUGAAAAUCUGACAACAAAUGUAACAUUAAAAAGCAAGAGAUAUACACUUCUCUUUAUUCCCCAAAAACCUCAUCCAUACUCCAAUUCUUGGAUUAGAUUGAAAUUAAUGAUAAAUAAUAGUAAUAGUUUAUGCUGGUGAGCAAAAUUGGCUCCAAAGAGCCUGUUAAAUUACAGACAAGACUGAACUAUGGACAGAACAAGCAUCACUAUAAACUAUCUAAUAUGAACAUUCCUCCACACACUGAGGGCAUUCUCCCAAAAUGUUGGACGUCACCGACAUUUUUAAUUUGAUGGGAAAUAAACAACUUUACAGGUAAAACACCACAAAUUCUGAUGCAAAAACAUCCCAUCCCAAUGACACGACCACACAAGUGGUUUCCGACGUUUCUAAUUAUCAUGCAGCUACAGUAAUAAAUGAAUUGAUACGUGA